AUGCCAAACUCGUCGAUAUCGCAGAGACUUACGGAGCAAAAAACUCCAGAGCAAGAAUCCCCAGAUGAGAUUUUUUCAGACGCUGAAGAGGAACGACAUAUCCAUGGAAUCAAAUGGUUUCUUUUAGUUGCUAGCACAUUGACAGGCAGUUUUGUCUAUGCUUUGGAUAAUACUAUCGUUGCUAAUAUUGUACCCGCUAUUGUUAAUCAUUUCAAUGCGGUCGAGAAUUUGCCGUGGUUAUCCGUUGGAUUUAUGAUCGGUGGACUGUCAAUGGUUCUUAUUUACGGCAAGCUAUACACUUUAUUUAACUCGAAAUGGCUAUAUAUCGCGUCCACUGUUAUCUUUAUGGCUGCUUCUGCAGUCUGUGGCGCCGCUCCUACUAUAAACGCUGAGAUCGUUGGACGAGUUUUCGCAGGCGCAGGUGGAAACGGAAUGUACUUUGGUAUUCUAGACCUUCUAUCAACAAAUACAACGAGCCGUGAGCGUCCGCAAUACUUGAGCUUGACAGGCCUAGUCUGGGGCUUAGGAACCGUCCUUGGCCCAGUCGUUGGGGGUGGGUUUGAAAAAUAUACCUGGCGCUGGGCGUUCUACAUCAAUCUACUUUUCGGUGCCAUUCUUAUACCUACUUACGUUUUCGUGGUUCCGUCCAAUGUUCCAGCCCCUGAAAUACCCUACCGACAGAAGCUUUCCAGUUUUGAUUGGGUUGGUAGCUUACUGAGCGUUGCCGCAUUUGCAACCCUGGUGAUGGCAAUUAAUUUUGGCGGGACUCUAUAUGCCUGGAAAAGCGGUCAAAUCAUUGCUUUGUUCGUAGUGUCAGGCACGCUUUGGAUCUUAUUUGGCAUCCAGCAGGGGUUUACUAUUGCUACCUCCUUGCAGGAUCGGUUACUGCCAAUGCACCUGUUUAGGCAGAAGGAACCGGCCUUACUUUUCUUUGCUUGCGCUUCAGUAGGGAUGGUGACAUAUCCAACUGUGUACUAUAUACCGAUCUACUUCCAGUUCACUCGGGGCGAUGAUGCAAUCCGAUCUGCGGUCAGGUUGCUUCCAUUUAUCUUUAUAUUGAUUGUGGCUAUUCAGUCAAGCGGCGCCUUGAUGUCUAGAUUUGGUUAUUAUAAGCCAUGGUAUUUGCUCGGAAGCACAUUAGCCCUCGUUCCAGCGAUUCUGAUAGCUACCAUUAUCCAAGUCCACACAAGACCGGCCAUUCUCUACGGACUUGAAAUUGUUAUUGGAUUAGGCGCCGGUUUAUACACUCAGGCAGCCUUUGCCGUAAUUCAGGCUGUUACAGCGCCAUUUGAAGCUACCUAUGGUCUUACUUUAAUGCUGCUCGCUCAACUUAUAGGAAUGACCCUUGGACUAUCCAUCACCGGUGCCAUUUUUGUCAAUGUGACCCAAAAUGGUCUUUUCAAGUUGCUUCCCAACCUACCCCGGGAGCAGGUCUCUCAAGUUGUCUCGGGAACAAGCAGCGCACUACUGAACAAACUUCCAGACGCUGUUCGAGAACAGGCGCUGGAUGCAAUUGUGCACGCUUGGCGCUAUCUGUAA